AUGUACUAUUACACAUUAAAAUGUCUCCUGUAUUCACCAGACAAAACAAACUUACCAAACGAUUUUUUUGGUAUCUUUCCAAAAAGCGUUGAUACAGAGUCAACUAAACAUCUGGAAAACUAUAAGCACAAUACAAACAGCAAAGCGCUGUCGUCUUUGCGAAGAAGAUCUUCACAACCUCCACAAGCUUCCCAACAAAAACAUGUACCACCCACACCUAUUCACAUUAAUAAGCCUUAUAAACACCAUAGUUUGGAAGGUCAAAUAGACUUUCGUUUUGGUCCGAUAAACCUAUCUUUGAUAGAUAUUGUCACGACAAAGAACCACAAAAAUAAACGACAAAUACAUGAAAGUAGCCUAUCACUUGGUUACGGUGUACUUCAUUUAUAUCGCGAAUUACAACCUAUUCCAGAACAGGAUCUACCUGAUACUAGAAUAGUUCAAGAAGCGUCAUUAGAUAAUAGUAAUAAUGAUAGUGAUGAUGGUAAAAUCCUUUGUAUUCUAGCAAUACCAUCUUAUAUGGCCCAAAAGGAUUUUAUCACUUUUUUGGGAAGCACGAACGCUAAUAUUUUGUGUUACCGUUUUAUCAGAGAUUAUUCACCUAACAAAUACACUGUUCUAUUAAAGUUCAAAAGUCGACAAUCUGCUUUUGCUUGUUAUCAAAAAUUCAAUGGAAGAAGAUUCAACAUGACAGAGCCGGAAAUCAGCCAUGUUGUUUACAUUAAAUCAAACACGAUAGAUGUAAAUACAAUGUUACCAAACACAUAUCCGUACCUAAAUGAAACAUUAAGCCAAGAUCUAUCAAGUCAUCAACAACAAGAAGCAGAAUUACCUACAUGCCCUGUAUGUCUUGAGCGUAUGGAUCAAGGUAUUACUGGUCUACUCAGUAUUCAAUGCCAACAUACAAACAGAUGCGACUGUCUUAAUAAAUGGGGUAAGAGCAGUUGCCCUGUAUGUCUUUACUCUCAAAAGCCAGUUCUUUCUUCAUCUUCAUCUUCAUCUUCUUCGAAUCAAGAAAAGCAUAUAAGCUAUGAAUGCUUUGAAUGUGAAUCUACUGAAAGCCUUUGGAUUUGUAUGAUUUGUGGACAUAUUGGUUGUGGACGAUACCAAGAAGCACACGCAUACGAUCACUAUAUGGAAACAAAUCACUUAUAUACGCUUGAAAUUGAAACACAACGCAUUUGGGACUAUUUAGGAGACAGUUAUGUACAUCGUUUGAUUCAGAAUACAGUUGAUGGUGCACUUGUUGAACUACCACCCAAGACAGCUAUAGAUCAAAAUAAGAAAGAGUCAAGAACAAGUUUUUCGCAUACCAAGAAUCGAAAAUCAUCAAACUACCAUGAUUAUUUUAGCCAUUUCACUGCGGCUGGAUCAAGCACAACAGCAACAGAAAAUCCAUUGGAUCGAGAAGAAGAUGCAACAACCAACAAAUUAGAUGCCAUGUCUGUAGAGUACUCUUUCAUGUUAACUUCUCAGUUAGACUCUCAAAGGAUGUACUAUGAAGAACAACUUGAUACUCUCAUGUCAGAACUUCAGAAUCUAUCGAGUCAAGUACAAUUGACCAAAGAAGAAAUGAAAGGCGCUAAAGAAAAGACUAUUGUGUUGACCAAAAGAGGAAAGUCACUAGAUUCAGAGAUUAACGAGCUCCAAAGAGAAAAAGAAAAGAUAACCAAAAGAGCAACAUCGUUUAAAGAUAAAUACGAACACACCUUAAAAAACCUAAGUGAAGAGAAAUUGUUAACGAAGUCUUUAAUGCGAAACAAUGAACUACUAAAGAAGAAUGCGGCUGAAAAGGAAGCUACAUUUGAAACUUUGACUGACAAAGUGAGAGACCUUAUGUGUUUCUUGGAGACAAAAGAAACUAUGCCUAAUGAAACAUAA